ACACGGACACUGCAUUUUGUGGGGGAUACAUCCAAGAUACCGGACGGAAUAUUUCCUCAUCGAGACUCCACUACUUUUUUUGAGAGCAGAGAGGCUCAAUGACGCGCAGAGAUGCGGCGGAAUCGCUCGUUUGAACGCAAUCGAUUGAAUUCAUCCGAAUCCAGUCCAGAUUGAUUUCUAAAAAAUUAAACAGUUCUUAUUGUCUAACUUUUUGCACACGCGUCUGAAUAAACGAUCGAAAUAAUUCAUAAAAGAAAAAAAGAUUGCCAUGUGAAGCCGUGCCGUUUUUGCAGUUUUUAAACUUUGCUUCAUAGGACUUUGUAUCAGUUUAGUGGUGCCUGACGCGUACAGACUGAUUUACAGACUCCUCCUUAUUAAGCGCCGGUUUUGGACGCACGGGAGCGACGCGCUCAGUGUCUCGCAUCGCUUUGGGGGAAACCGGGACUACGGCGCAACAUGUAUCCAGCGCGGCGCGGGCGAACGCGUGCUGCGGACUCACAGACGUGUCGGAGCAUCAUGUCGAGGCGCGCGUUAACUCUGAAGUGGAGCGCAGGAUGGAUUCUGAUGUUUUCAUUCAUCAGUAACACUUGGGCGCAAGACGAUGUCCCACCCUACUUCAAGAUGGAGCCGGUGGCAACCCAAAUCCACCUGGAAGGGAACCGCUUGGUUCUCACCUGCAUGGCUGAGGGCAGCUGGCCCCUGGAGUUUAAAUGGCUUUACAAUGGUACCGAGUUGACGCGUUUCUCCCUGGAGUACAGGUAUGUAAUUUCGUCGCUGGAUCGCUCUCAUGCAGGCUUCUACAGAUGCAUCGUCAGAAACAGGGUGGGAGCUCUGAUGCAGAGGAGUUCACAAGUCCAGGUCGCCUACAUGGAAGGCUUUGUGGAGGGAGAACGCUCUCAGGUGGUGUCCCAGGGGGAGGCGGCGAUGAUCUUCCCCCCACAAAUCCACAGCUUUCCGAGGCCCGGGAUCACAUGGUUCAGAGACGGACGCAAGAUACCCCCCAGCAGCCGCAUAGCCCUCACUUUGGACAACACCCUUGUCAUCCUGUCCGCUGUGGCCCCUGAUGCGGGCCGGUACUACGCUCAGGCCGUCAAUGACAAGAACGGAGAGAACAAGACCAGCCAGCCCAUCAUCCUGAAUGUAGAAAACGUUGGAGGCCCAGCAGACCCCAUCGCUCCCUCUAUUAUAAUCCCACCAAGGAACACCAGUGUGAUGGUGGGCACGUUUGAAGUCACAUUGGAGUGCGUGGCCAAUGCAAGGCCUCUCAUUAAACUCAGCAUUACAUGGCGGAAAAAUGGAGUGCUGGUAAACCGAGGCCUCCGGGACUUUGGCCGGCGUCUGACCAUCAGCGGCCCUUUGGUCAGUGACAGUGGCUACUACGAAUGUGAAGCCUCUCUCCGGAGCAGUAGCGCCCCCUCUGUCAGUGCCGGAGCGUAUCUGCACGUCUUGGAACAUCCUCAGUUUGUGAAGGAGCCCGACAGACACAUUACUGCUGAGAUGGAGAAGGUGGUAGACAUCCCAUGCCAAGCUCGCGGUGUUCCUCAGCCAGAUAUAGUGUGGUAUAAGGAUGCUGUACCCAUAAGCCCCGUGAAGACACCUCGUUACAGAGUCCUGGUGGGCGGCAGUCUGCAGAUAAAUGGACUGCUCCCGGACGACACCGGAAUGUUCCAGUGCUUCGCUCGCAACUUAGCGGGAGAAAUCCAGACGAACACGUACCUUGCUGUCACCAGUAUUGCCCCGAACAUCACGGCCGGCCCUUCCGACAGCGCUGUGAUUGAUGGCAUGUCCAUCAUUUUACACUGUGAGACCUCAGGGGCCCCAAGGCCCGCAAUCACAUGGCAGAAAGCUGAUCGGGUUCUGGCAAGCGGCUCCGUGCAGUUGCCGCGUUUCACUUUGCUGGAGUCUGGCAGUCUUCUGAUCAGCCCCUCUCACCUGUCUGAUGCUGGAUCCUACACCUGCAUGGCCAGUAACUCCCGCGGCAUUGACGAGGCCUCGGCCGAUCUGGUGGUGUGGGCUCGGACGAGGAUCACUAAUCCGCCUCAGGACCAAAGCGUGAUCAAGGGCACGAAAGCAGCCAUGACCUGCGGGGUGACCCAUGACCCCAGCGUUUCAGUCAGGCACAUCUGGGAGAAAGGAGGAGCGGCUAUUGAUGUGAAAUCGAGUCCUCGUUUGCGGCUUGACACCAACGGCAGCCUGCAUAUAUCUCAGACCUGGUCAGGAGACAUUGGGACCUACACCUGCAAAGUCACAUCCGUGGGAGGCAAUGAUUCGCGCAGCGCCCACCUGAGAGUCAGGCAGUUGCCUCAUGCUCCAGAGAACCUCAUCGCCACCCUCAGCAGCUCAGAGAGACGAACCAUCAACCUGACCUGGGCCCAGGCCUUUGACGGGAACAGCCCACUCAUCCGUUACAUCCUGGAGGUGUCAGAGAACAACGCACCUUGGACUGUGCUCUUGGCCAACAUCGAUCCAGAAGCCUCCAGUGUGAUCGUGGGGGGCCUCAUCCCAGCACGUUCUUACCAAUUCCGCCUGUGUGCCGUCAACGAUGUGGGGAAGGGCCAGUUCAGCAGGGAGACGGUGCGAGUAUCAUUACCCGAGGAGCCCCCUAGCGCCCCUCCUCAGACAGUGAUAGCCAGUGGCCGAACCAACCAGUCCAUCAUGAUCCAGUGGCAGCCUCCCCCCGAGAGCCACCAAAAUGGACCGCUUCAAGGCUACAUCAUCAGGUACUGUCUGUCUGGAUUACCGGUGGACUGUCAGAUGAAGAACAUCACCAACCCAGACCAAACAAACCUCUUGCUGGAGGACCUCAUCAUCUGGACCAACUACGAGAUUGAGGUGGCUGCUUAUAACGGGGCGGGACAGGGUGUCUACAGCCCCAAAGUCACAGAAUGGACCCUGCAAGGCGUGCCCACGGUCCCACCAGGGAAUGUCCAGGCGGAGGCUGUCAACUCCACCACAGUCCGCUUCACAUGGAGUGCUCCAAGCCCACAGUUCAUCAACGGCAUCAACCAGGGAUACAAGCUGUUGGCAUGGGAACCAGGCCACGAGGAAGAUGUUACCUUGGUUACUGUGAGACCCAAUUUUCAAGACAGUGUUCAUGUGGGUUACAUCUCCGGACUGAAGAAGUUCACGGAGUACUUCACCUGUGUGUUGUGCUUCACUACACCGGGAGAUGGCCCUCGUAGCACUUCGCUGCGCAUACGCACCCACGAAGAUACUCCUGGACCUGUAGGUCACCUGAGUUUCACAGAAAUCCUGGAUACGUCUCUCAAAGUCAGCUGGAAAGACCCGCCAGAGAAGAACGGCAUCCUCACAGGGUAUCGCAUUUCCUGGGAGGAAUUCAACAGAACAAACACUCGCGUCACGCAUUACCUGCCCAACAUGACACAGGAGUACCGGGUCACCGGACUGACGGCGCUCACUACCUACACCAUUCAGGUGGCCGGUAUGACCUCCAAAGGUCAAGGUCAGCUGUCAUCCUCCACCAUUUCCUCUGGCGUGCCGCCAGAGAUGCCUGGACCACCUACCAACAUUGCCAUCUCUAACAUCAGCCCGCGUUCAGUAACCCUGCAGUUCAAACCAGGCUAUGACGGCAAAACAUCCAUCUCACGCUGGCUGGUAGAGGCUCAGAUUGGUGUUAUCGGAGAAAACGAGGAGUGGGUCAUAGUCCAUGAGUUGUCCAAUGAGCCUGAUGCACGGUCACUUGAGGUCCAGGGCCUGAACCCCUACACGUACUACAGAUUUCGAAUGAGGCAGGUGAAUAUAGUAGGCACAAGCCCACCCAGCCAGCCAUCUAGGAAGAUCCAGACCCUACAGGCUCCUCCUGACAUCGCCCCUGCAAACAUCACUCUCCGCACGGCUAGCGAGACCAGCCUGUGGCUCAGAUGGGUGCCUUUGCCAGAAUGGGAGUAUAAUGGCAAUCCAGAGCUGGUGGGCUACAGGGUGCAGUACUCCCGUCUAGGCUCCAAGAUUGGGGUCCUGUCCCACAUCAUUCCUGACAGGCAGGAGAGGGAGUUUACCAUUGAGGACCUGGAAGAGUGGACAGAAUACGAAGUCAAAGUGCAGGCAUUCAAUGGCAUCGGGCCAGGGCCGUGGAGCCAACCAGUUCACGGGAGAACCAGAGAGUCAGUCCCCUCAAGUGGCCCUGCAAAUGUUUCAGCUUUUGCCACCACCUCCAGCAGUGUCCUGGUCCGCUGGGGUGAAGUGCCAGAGCCUGACCGCAAUGGACUUAUUCUGGGCUAUAAGGUGGUAUACAAGGAGAAGGAUGCAGAGUCAGCUCUGCGUUUCUGGAUGGUAGAGGGAAAUACAACUUAUAGCGUCCAGCUCACUGGCCUUGGGAAGUACGUGCUUUAUGAGAUCCAGGUUCUAGCCUUUACCCGUAUUGGAGAUGGCAUGCCUAGUUCUCCACCCAUCUUUGAGCGAACACUUGAUGAUGUACCUGGGCCUCCUGUCGGCAUCCUUUUUCCUGAAGUAAGGACUUCCUCAGUGAGAUUGAUCUGGCAACCCCCUGCCCAGCCAAAUGGCAUUAUCCUCGCAUAUCAGAUUGCUUUCCGGAAAAACUCUUCUAGUAUCACCUCUGCCAACGUUGAUGUUCUCAACCCAAGUGCGCGACAAUAUACAGCAACUGGACUGAAACCAGAGAGUGUUUAUGUGUUCCGCCUCACGGCCCAGACUCGAAAGGGAUGGGGAGAAGCGGCAGAGGCACUGGUGGUCACUACAGAGAAGAGAGCACGCCCUCAGCCCACAAGUCGCCCCGUUGUGCCUCAGGAAGAGGUCCAGGCCCGCAGUGUGCUGUUGUCAUGGGAACCAGGCAGCGAUGGUCUGUCUCCCAUCCGAUACUACACUGUCCAGUACAGAGAGCUGCCCGACAGCAAUUGGACCGUCCACUCUGCAUCAGUCAACCAUGAGGCCACAUCAUACGUCAUAGACAAGCUGAAGCCUUUCACUUCCUACCAGUUCAGAGUGAAAGCCACUAAUGAUAUUGGGGACAGCGAGUACAGCGAGGAGAGCGAGGCAAUCACCACUCUACAGGACGCACCCGACAAAGCUCCCACAAUCCUCUCUGUGACACCGCACACCACCACAUCUGUGCUGGUCCGCUGGAAGCCACCCCCUGAGGAGGAGAUCAAUGGUAUUUUGCUUGGUUUUCGAGUACGCUAUAGAGAACUGCGUUAUGACCGCCUACGCAGCUUCACAGUGCGCACAGUUAAUAGUCCGUCUGCCAACUGGGCCGAGCUCACAGCCCCCUACAGCGUGAGGAACCUGACCGAAUCCUCACUUACCCAAUACGAGCUGGACAAUCUGAAUAAACACAAGCGCUACGAGAUCCGACUGAGCGUGUAUAACGCGGUAGGGGAGGGGCCCACCAGCUCGCCACAGGAAGUGUUCGUGGGAGAGGCGGUGCCCACCGCUGCUCCUCAGAAUGUCGCUAUCCAGUCCUCAACAGCUACUCAACUAGAUGUCACAUGGGACCCUCCUCCAGUGGAGGCCCAGAAUGGGGAUAUUCAAGGCUAUAAGAUUUAUUAUUGGGAGUUUCAGCUUCAGAAUGAGACUGAGCGACUCCGCACUCUCUUUCUGCCGGAGCUGAGCGUGAAGCUGAAGAACCUGACUGGCUACACCACCUACAUGAUCAGCGUGGCUGCUUUCAACGCGGCGGGCGACGGUCCCCGCUCGCUUCCCACCAGAGGGCGCACUCAGCAAGCAGCUCCGAGCGCUCCAGGUUUUAUCCACUUUAGUGAACUCACCACCACCUCUGUCAACAUGUCCUGGGGUGAGCCCAAGCAGCCCAAUGGCAUCGUGGAAGGGUACCGUGUGGUCUAUGAGCCCUGCACGCCUGUGGAUGACUCCUCUCCUCACAAUUCAGGUGUCAGUAAGGUUGUCACUGUGGAUGUGAAGGGCAGCGCCCCCUUGUGGAUGAAAAUCAAGGAUCUGGCAGAUGGAGUGACCUACAACUUCCGCAUCCGUGCUAAAACUCUUACCUAUGGCCCAGAGAUCGAAGCCAACAUCACCACUGGCCCUGGAGAAGGUGCUCCAGGGCCUCCCGGGGAGCCGUUUAUUUCUCGCUAUGGCUCGGCCUUGACUCUCCACUGGUCCAACGGUGACCCGGGUCGUGCUCCCAUCACACGCUAUGUUAUCGAAGCAAGACCGUCUGAUGAGGGACUGUGGGAUAUUCUAAUCAAAGACAUCCCUAAAGAGGUGACAUCCUACACUCUUAACCUGGAUACCCUCAGAGAAGGGGUCACCUAUGAUUUCCGUGUAAUUGCAGUGAAUGACUAUGGCUACGGUUCUCCGAGCGCUCCUUCUCCCUCAAUAUCAGCCCAAAAGGUCUCCCCCUUUUAUGAGGAAUGGUGGUUUCUGGUGGUUAUUGCUCUCGUGGGCCUCAUUUUCAUCCUUCUGCUCAUCUUUAUCCUCAUCAUACGGGGGCAGAGCAAAAAAUACACCAAGAAAACAGACUCAGGUGCCCACUCGAAUUGCACAUCUCUGCCUCUCUCCCAUGGAGAGAUGGUACGGCUGGAUGAAGGACGCUUCCCUGCCCUGGAACUCAACAACCGUCGACUCUCAGUCAAAAAUUCCUUCUGCCGUAAGAACGGAAUCUACACCCGAUCUCCACCACGGCCCAGUCCAGGCAGCCUGCACUAUUCUGAUGAAGACGUCAGCAUCAAAUACAAUGACUUGGUCCCAGCCGAGAGCAGCAGCCUGACCGAGAAGCCUUCAGAAGUGUCUGACUCACAGGUGAUUCACCCCAGCAAGGGCAGCGACAGCGAAUACGAGCUGGAUCCAAACAGGCAGAAGACCCACUCCUUCGUCAACCACUACAUCAGUGACCCCACAUACUACAAUUCCUGGCGCCGACAGCAGAAGGGCGUCUCCCGGCCCCCGGCGUACGGCUACGCCCAGCCCGACACGGUGGCGGAGCAAGAGUCCCGCCCCCACCCGCCCCCGCUGCCACCGUUACCACCUCUGCUACCCCACAGCAACCCAUCCCCGCAGCCCCAGGGCCAGGGCACCCUGUUUAGGCCCAAGGGCAGCCGGACUCCCACCCCUUCACUGCUGACCUCUGACAACCACAGCCAGCACACCCUGUACAGGCCCCCUAGCAGCCUGGGCACCUCCGCUCAGGUCCCGGCCACAGGAUUCUCCUCAUUUGUUUGAUACAAGACUCUCAUUCCAAUGACAACACGCCUGGGAGGGACUCCUGCAAGUAUUAUCGGUCUGUAAUUAUUAUUAUUUUAUCUUAUUUUUUCCCGCUGCACCUUGUUGGACAUCGAGAGCUGCUUUUGGAUUUUUUUUUGCCAGGUGUACUGUGGUUUUAUAUGUGCGUGCAAGAGCAUCGAAACGCAGACAAUCAUUCUGAAGGGAAUCGUUUGUUGAUUGUACAUUUUAAAAUACAUUAACUUCAUCCUUCACUGAAAAAGAAAUUUUGUGUGCAAAAUAUAUAUAUAUAUUAAAAAAAAAGCUAAUGCAACGUGAAUGCAUAAUAUUGAGUCCAAAAGUCUGAGACCAUCUGGAUUUGUCUUUUUAAUAUUUCAGGUUUCAUAUAAGUUUUAGUAUUUUGAAAUAUUUAAGACAGAGAAAAGACAACGUUGAUGGUCUCAUGCUGUUGGACCCCACUUUGAAUGAUUAAACAAACUGCAUUUUACAUAAUGCUGCAGAUUUCCAAAGCUCAUCUCUAUCAUUCUGUUUAUGUGAUAUUGCUCUGAUGUCGUUCACGCAGAAAUCAAUGACAGAAUAUUUCUAAAAAGCAAAAAUCGUAGUGCAAAACUGUGAUUUGAGUAGUGUCAGUCUCUUGAAACUGAAAAAAGAGAAUUUUCAGCAUCCCCACUUUAUAUUAGGUAGCCUUAACUACUAUGUACUUCUAUUUAAAUUAAUAAUUUGGUACAAUGCACUUAUUGUGUACAUACAUGUUUUUACAUUGUACUUAUAUGUAAUUACAUCUGUAAAUAAUUUCUGUAAUUACAUUUAUAAUUACACCGUUGAACCAUCCGUUACAACUUAACCCACCCUUAAACCUACCCAUACAACAAAAAAACUAACUAACCUUACCUGCAUCCCACAAUAGCAGCAAAAGUGUUUUGCAAAACAAUAUGAACACAAUAAGUAUACUGUACGUUUUUUUUUUUUUUUUUAUGUAAGUAGUUAAGGCCACCUUAUAUAAAGUGUGACCCAUCAAACUUUCUCACACUUGAAAUAGUUAACCAUAACCGGGUUAUAUGUUUCACAUUUUAGGUCAUAUCCACACAGACACUGGUAUUUUUUACAGUUUCCUUUUUCUAUAAAAAAAAAAUCUCCAUCCACAUGAAAACCUAUGUACAAAGCAUGGCAAACCCACCGGAGGCGAUAGAAUCUCGACCGUAAAGCCAUGUUGGCCAAUCAGAAGCCUGAAAAUGUUUCCGGUAGGCGGAGCUAACAGCGCGUGCUCUGACGUCGCGAGCCUAAAUGUCUAGUUUCGCUGUCUACACGAUAACACUGCAACCAGAGUUUAAUCAAACCGCAUAGAAAAAUAAAUAGCCGCGUCUGUGUGGACAGAUCCUUACAUUGUUCAUAAAAUUCCAUUCAGUUCACUUCCAUUCAAGUCACUUUUGACAUUUGGCGUUUUAUAAACGACUGUUUAUACAGCUCGCAGUGUUUCCGUGACUGUCCAAAGCAUGUGAAUACGAGACACAGGGUAUAUUUCAGGUUUUAUUUGCUUUCAUUCUAAUGCAGCAACUUUACAAGUUGGACUCUGUAAUGCAGAGUUAACAGCACAAAAUUAAGGUUUCGUAAUCACCAGUACAAACCAUUGCUAAAUCUGCUUCAAAAUGCAUUUUAAAAUGGGGUGUUCAGAAUUAUGAUAACCCGGGGUGACGCACCAGUGUGAAAAGCCAGAAAAAAUAAGGAUCCAUUUAGUUUUUUUGCCUACCGUUUGCUUAUGACCAGCGAAGGAGACUGCAAGGGAUAAGGCCUGUGACAUUAUUUUCUUCCUAUUUUGAUUCAUUUGAAAUGGAAAUUUGACUCAUUAUGUAACUAAAUGCAUUUUAUUCGACAUGAAUUAUCAUUGGAUCAGUGUUUUUGUACUGUUUGCUGAGGAUCACCACAAAUUAGUUGGUGCUGCCAUUAUCAAACUUCGGUUUUCAAACCCAUGGACAAGAGGGUUUUCAUCACUUUUCGUGGCAAAUAACACCCUAUUCCCAAGAUACAAUCAAAUAAUGCGAAAUAUAUUGAUGUAUUAAUCAUGCAUUUGCAUUAAGGUAAAUGAAACAACAGCGGAUUUGUGCCAAUAUCAGUCUCUGAAAGAGAGUUUUUCUGCUUCUUAAACCAACUAAACACACAGGAGUAGAAAAGCAAACAGUUUUUUAUAGCGAUAUGUGAUUUCAAGACAAGGCCACUUGCAUUUAUGUUAUCGAAUGAUGUCUCGUCUGUAAUGUCUUCAAGGAUAUAAUAACGCGUUUGGAAAAAGAAAAGAAAAGAAGUUUCUUAAAGGUAUAGUUCGCUCAUUUACAAGUCGUUCCAAACCUGCAUGAGUUUCUUUCCUCUGUUGAACACAAAACAAGAUAUUCUGAAUGUCGGUAACCACAAAAAAAUGGAAGAAAGCCAUUGACUUCCAUAGUAUUUUUGUUUCAUAUAAUGGAAGUCAAUGGACGCGUCAACUGUUUGUCUACCAACAUUCUUCGCGAUAAAUUUUUUUGUGUUCAACGCACACAAAAAAAAAUAAGUAAAUAAUGACAGAAUUUAUCUCUUUAAUAACACUCCUGCAAUCAAGAAUGAUCUCUCAAAAUGUCUGUGCACACGCAAAUCUGUACGCAGUAGUGUAAAGAUACCUUGUGGGUCAAUAUCUUCCAUCUUCAUCAUAUGCAUACAAUCUUUAUGGACGGGUGACGUCACUCUGUGUCAGACGAUUUUGUACAGACGAGUCGCAAACGUCAUCGUGUUCGGGAUCUGUUGCUCAGAGACUGAUAAAAAUGUCUGCUCUUACAAAUGACAUUGUAUGUAUUUCUCUGAAUAUAUUGUAGAAUGUGUUUUUACGGUUCACAGUUUGACAUAGUGUACACAUACAGUAUGCUUACGUGUAUGUCAGCAGAUAUGCUUAAUUUAUUUAUAAUCGAUUGGUUUUAUACUCUAACUUAAGAAGAACAGCAGCAGUCUUAUGUGGAAACUAUUUUAAAGGACUUGAAAAUUACGAUGAUCAUGAUUCACAAUAUCUCCUGUCUUGUUCUCUGUGAAGUGACUAUCACUGUACAAAACUUGAUGAAUUAUAUUGGACCAAGGCAUGGUUCAUAUCUAAAAUAAAUUACUCUAUUUUUCA